AUGUAAGGUCAACUUCUCACCAAAUGACGUGUUUCUAACGUACAGACGUAAGGUCAACUCAUCACCAAAUGACGCGUAUCUAACGUAUAAGUGUAAGGUCAACUUCUCACCAACUGACGUGUAUCUAACGUACAGACGUAAGGUCAACUUCUCACCAACUGACGUGUAUCUAACGUACAGAUGUAAGGUCAACUUCUCACGAGCUGAUGUGUAUCUGACGUAUAAGUGUAAGGUCAACUUCUCACCAACUGACGUGUAUCUAACGUAUAAGCGUAAGGUCAACUUCUCACCAACUGACGUGUAUCUAACGUAUAAGUGUAAGGUCAACUUCUCACCAAAUGACGUGUAUCUACCGUAUAAGCGUAAGGUCAACUUCUCACCAAAUGACGUGUAUCUAACGUAUAAGCGUAAGGUCAACUCAUCACCAAAUGACGUGUAUCUAACGUACAGACGUAAGGUCAACUUCUCACCAACUGAUGUGUAUCUAACGUACAAGUGUAAGGUCAACUUCUCACCAAAUGACGUGUAUCUAACGUACGGACGUAAAGUCAACUCCUCACUAAAUGACGUGUAUCUAACGUAUAAGUGUAAGGUCAACUCCUCACCAAAUGACAACAAGAGGUUAUGUUCUACCCUAAUCAAAGAUAUCCGUCCAUAA